UCAACCUAUUUUUCACAAACAAACGUCAAAUAAAUAGAGUCAAAUAAAUAUUGCUGUUGUGUGUAAUUUUCAUAUUUGCUUUGCUAUUUAUAAUAAAUUAGUAUUUUAAAUAGCAAAUCAGCCAAUAUGAUAACAAAUUUUGAUAAGUUAUGUACGGAUUUAGAGAAACAAGAACUGGAGGCGCCGAACGGUGUUGCUUCGCCUUCUACAUAUGCACAAUUAUUAGCUAUUUAUUUGUAUCAAAAUGACUUAUGUAAUGCUAAAUUCUUAUGGAAAAGAAUACCACAAACUAUCACCAGCAGCAAUCCAGAGCUAACUGCUAUAUGGGCGGUGGGCCAAAAACUUUGGAAGAAGAAUCUCAGUGCCACAUACCACGCCCUCGCUGCGUACACAUGGACGGAGCCUGUAGCCAAUAUCAUCAGAGCUCUUGAAGAAAAAGUACGUGAAAGAGCCUUCAAUUUAAUUGGCCGUUCAUACAGCACUAUUUCAUUGGAUACUGUUGUAUCAAUGACUGGCCUGAGUUGUGAGGCAGUGCAGCAGAUAUGUAGAGAGCGCAAAUGGGAAGUGCAAGACGAUGGCGUCACCAUCAACCCUACACCACCCACUCAACCUGCACCAUUGCAUACAUCCAGUGAAGACCAGUUGUUCAAGCUUACAGAGUUUGUAUCAUUUCUGGAAAACUAAGUCAGUAUCUCAUUAUUAUAAAUAAUUUUAAGAUUUCAUUGAUAUGCCCAACUGGAGCAACCUAUAAUAAAGGUAAUUAAGUUAAA